AUGGGCAACGAUACUUCUCCCAACGAAGCCGCGCUGGAAGUAGCUGCCUUCCACCAUGCUGCAGGCAAACGAUCAUGGUACCGUCGAGUGUUUUUCCAGGCCACUGUGGUUGGCUGUUGUGCAUUCCUCGCUCCUGGUCUUUACAAUGCCAUGCAAUCAACGGGUGCCGGUGGUCAGCAGACUCCGUACUUGGUGAUGGCUGCAAAUGCCGUGCUCGGCUGUAUGAUGGUUCUUACUUGCUCUCUCGGGAGCGUGGUUGCAAACAAGAUUGGCUUGAAGAAUGCACUGAUUUUUGGAACUACGGGCUACUGUGUAUAUGCGGCGGCUUUGUAUACAAGCAACCGAUAUAAUAACCAAUGGUUCGUGUACUUGGGAUCCACUGCAUGCGGGAUUACAGCAGGAGUGUUUUGGGCGGCUGAAGGAGCUAUCAUGAUUAGCUAUCCGGAGGAUUCUAAGCGGGGCCGGUAUCUAGCUUAUUGGCUUGCCUAUCGAAACGGUGGCUCUAUUAUCGGUGGUAUAAUUAAUCUAGCAUUCAACUAUAGCGGCAAGAAAACUGGGACAUUAGACUGGAGGACCUACAUCGUCUUCGUGGCGCUUCAAUGCAUAGCCCCAUUCGUUGCUCUACUCUUGUCCCCCCCGGAUAAAGUGCAGCGAGGCGAUGGUCAACUAGUGAAGUCACCCGAAAAGAUUAACACAAUUGACGAGAUAAAGGAGGUCAUAAAGAUCCUCUAUCGGAAAGACUUUCUGCUCGUUGUGCCUUUUUUCUUUUACGCAACAUUUUUACUUUCGUAUGCUGGUUCAUAUCUAUCUCUAUAUUUCAGUGUUCGCUCUCGGGCCCUGGCAUCUUUGGUUUCCGCACUAGCGCAAAUAACGGCCAACAUCAUAUUCGGCAGUUUUCUUGACUGGAAGCGGCUAUCUUUGAAUCAGCGUUCCAAGAUCUCGUGUUUGGGGUUGAUGGCACUCUUUGGAGGAACCUGGAUAUGGGGUACAGUCAUUCAGCAUGAGUACGGAUUGAACAAGCCGGCUUUGGACUGGGUUGACAGCGGAUUCGGUCGGGGAUGGGCACUAUAUAUUCUGAUGCAGGUCAACUUUGCCCUUGCAUAUAACUAUGGGUACUGGCUCGCAGGCUAUAUGGCGCGAGGACCGGCAGACAUUGUCCGUUUGACAUCGACGGUACGAGCUGUCGAGGCUGCAGGGGGGGCUGUUGCAUCUGGUAUCAGCUCAACCCAUGCACCGCUCAUUGCGGCUUUGGGGGUGAAUUUUGGUCUUUGGGGUCUUGCCGUCAUUCCAACAUAUCUUGUUGCUAGGAAAAUCGGCUUGGAUCAGGACUCGGCUGACGUUGCUAAGGAAGAGAGACCUAAGAGUAGCGACGGUAUCUCUGAUUAA